UGAGUUAACGGACUGGGCUCUCAUUGGUUCAGCUCGUGUGCGGUGACGUGUCUGCGACCGUUGGCUGCAGUGAGAAGUGAGCAAGCGCUAAAUUCAAAAUUUUCAAACAGCUGAGGAGCGCGUGGCGUGAGAGAGAGAGCGGAGAGACUUGAACUCCCUCACCAGGCAAAUAAAGAAUAAAAACAAAGAGGAUUGAGCUUUAAUUUAAGUUUAUCGUAGUGUAUACCAGGAUGGACCCAUUCACGGAGAAACUUUUAGAGCGCACACGAGCUCGUAGAGAAAAUCUGCAGAGGAAAAUGGCAGAGAGACCAACGGCGGCCAACCGUCCAAUGGCUAAAAGAUCAAGGGAGCCACUCACAGACACAAACAGUGUCAUAAGUGAGCCGACCAUUGAAAAAGCACUACCCUCUUCCAAACCAUCACCCUCAAAGCGUCGCUGUUCAGAUGAAAAUACUCUUCUUUCUGGAGAAGAAAACAAACACCCACCAACGGCCCUGCAAGUGACAGCCUCUGAGCCUAUGACGGACAAGAAACCACCUCUGGUUCCAAGCAUCGUUCGUCCCAUGCCUGUAGAGCAAAGGUCUGCUCUUUGUACACCAGAACCAGAAGUGCUGGCCACUCGGCCUCCUCCAGACACUGAAAAGACGCACCCUCCUCAAUCUCCAGCAAAAAGCAUAGCUAGUGCAAUGAAGCACACUGCUCUAGAGGGAGCCAAAGAGGCACAGAAAGAUGCACCAACCCCAGGCGUCUCCAACAUGAGAUCUCGUCUACAGAGACUGGCUGAGCAAAGGCAUUACUGGGACUCUGAGGGAACCGCAGAAACUGUCCCAGAAAAGGUAGUUGUAUCUCCUCUGAAGUCGCACAAAGUGGAUCUCCCUCCUGCUACACCAACAAACUCUGAGCUUCGUUCUGGAAGAAAGGGUAGACUGGCAAACCUUGCCGCCACAAUCGGUUCCUGGGAAGAUGACCUUGGACACCCGCCCACUCGCUGGGACAAUGCACAAGCAAAGCCUGGCACGGCCUGUGUGCGCCCUCCAGUCAGUACAGUGAUGAGUAACAAUACCAAGCCAAGUCCUGCUGUCGAACGGCCUCAGACUGCCCGACCAGCUCUUCACAAAUCUGUCGACAGCGGUCCGCAGCCAGCAGUUUACUCUCCAGUCAAGUCAACCAGAGUGGUUCCUCCUAUUGCUCAGAAGACAGAGUUUCCUCAGCCCAGACCUGCUCAAGCCGAUUCCUCUCCUGUUUCCAGCCCACUGAAGAUUUAUCCCUCUACCCAGUCCUCCAGUCCACUUAAAUCUUUGACAGCAUCUCCCUCCAGUCCCCACAGAGGUUACGUCUCUCAGAGCCCCCUGAAGAACCAGGGUCCAUCUAAAUCGAGUUCUGCAGCAGCAUUUAAUUCAAGCCCUGCAAAACCGAUUCUGACACCUAAACCCUCUUCUACUGCUGAUGUUUCUAUCAUACCUCAGUCUCGUGAGAGGUUUACCAAGGACACGACACCCUUACAGCACAGAGGCCCAGCAGGAACUACUGGUGUCAAGUCAUUUUUGGAGCGUUUUGGAGAAAGGUGCCAGGAGCGCAACCAGAAUUCACCUUCUGCCUCAGGAGGUCAAGGACACACGCCUUUGGCUACUCCAUCUGCCACCCCCAAGUCCAGACUGCUCCAGGAGAGGCUGGUGUGCUCCCAGGUCACCUCCACCACAGCUGUUCUCGCUCAGCAGCAGAAAAUGGAGCGAGAGGCAGAGUUGGCACAAAUUCGUAAUCGCUUUCAAAAAGGCAACAUGUUAAGGAGCAAAGAGGAUGUCAGUGAGGUCAGGAGUGACCCUGAAAACAAGGAAACAGAACUGUCUGUACAAACUUCUGUGCCAGUGCUUGAUAAUGAGCCUGAAGUACUCAACAGCCCUUCUAAAUCUAGUGAAAAAGGCAAGGAGUGUGCUUUUCCAAGCCCAGUAAAGGAAGGAAAUAUUACAGGAAAGAUGCCUAUGGUGAAAGAGCAAGAGGAAGUGAAAGAAAUAGAUGAAGAGCGUGAGAUUGAGAUGAACGUGGAUGGCUCUGUUAACUCUGAGGUGAUAAAUGAGCUGUUUGAUGGAGUCCUGGAGGAGAGCGAGGAGCAAAGUGACGAGGAGGAUGCAGAUGAUGCUCUGAAUAUCUCCUCCAUGUCUCUCCUUGCUCCACUUGCAGAGACUGUAGCAGCUGUGGUCCAGAGCCCAGAAAGAAAGCCUAUGACAUCAACUCCAGCCAGCUCGUUUAUUGAGAAGAGUUCUACCCCUGAGAAUGUUUCCAGACCAAGUAAGUUCCAAAGGACACGCAUGUUACGAGCUGGAUCACCUGACGGCAUCGAUGUCGUAGAUGAGCAGCAAAACCAGAACCUUCUCUACAGCAUUGAUGCCUACAGAUCCACGAGGGUUAAGACUGAGUCAGAGAGACCUCAUGUUAAACAGGUGAUUGUGAGGAAAGAGGAAGUAUCUCAGAGAAUGGAGAACAAUGGGAGCUCCAGUCACAUCAACAUCAAGCAGAAAAUGAAGAUGUUGACCAAUGAGAUGAACCUGCAGCAGACCGUGAUCCAUCAGGCUAGUCAGGCUCUCAACUGCUGCACAGAUGAGGAACAUGGAAAAGGAUCUCAAGUGGAGGCUGAGGCUGAAAGACUGCUGCUUAUUGCCACUGAAAGGAGGGCUGCCCUGAAGGCUGAACUGGACCGACUAAAAGCAGAGGGUCCAGCAGCUCAAAAGAGAAGCACUAGCGGUGCCCAGGUGGAUAUGGGUAUACCUGCUUCUAAAGGGUCAAUUUCACUGCUGGAGCUGCGACUUCCUCUAAAGGCUGACUUUAUCUGUUCUUCUGCCAGCAAGCCUGAAUGUGGAAACCAUUACUUCUUUGUGAUGAUCCGUGCCGGAGCUGAGAACACCGUGGCGACUCCUCUAGCAAGCACACGCACUGGUCUAAGUGGCGACGCUUUGACAUUCUCCACCAGAUUCACCCUGUCUGACGUAUCCAAUGAUUUUGAGAUUGAUAUUGAGGUCUACUGUUUUCUUCAGAAACGAGAGCUGAACCCUGACAAGAGGAAAAAGCCUAACAAGUCAAAGGCUAUCACACCAAAAAGGUUCCUUGCUAUCUCUAAGAGCAACCUCCAAACACCUGUUGUGGCUAGCCCCGGUGGUCCAAAUGCAGUGCGCACCAGUAGCUUUGUACUUGUCGGAUCCCACAAGCUGAGUCUUUCCUCUAUUGGGAGAAAUAAAUUCCCGCUGGAGAAGAUCAAAUAUGAAGGGGUUGAAAGAGAGCUGCUCAGUGACAUGUUUCACAAAAAGGUACCUUUCCUUUGUCCGUUGGAGGGGCACGUUUAUCUGAAAAUGCAGUGCGAGGUUGGCUCGCGGAUAACGGAAAGAGGCUUCCUGACUAUGUUUGAGGAUGUUAGUGGAUUUGGAGCCUGGCACAGGAGGUGGUGUGUCCUUUCAGGAUACUGCAUCUCUUUUUGGACAUACCCUGAUGAUGAAAAACGAAAGAAUCCAAUCGGUCGUGUUAACCUUGCCAAUUGUACUAGUCGUAAAGUAGAGCCUGCAAACAGAGAGUUCUGUGCCCGGCCCAAUACCUUUGAGCUCGUCACUGUGAGACCACAAAGAGAGGAUGACCGAGAGACCCUGGUCAGCCAGUGCAAGGACACGCUGUGUGUUACAAAGAACUGGCUGAGCGCCGACACUAAGGAUGAGAGGAACCUUUGGAUGCAGAAGCUCAACCAGAUUUUGACAGACCUGCGCACAUGGCAGCCAGAUUCAUGCUACAAACCCAUGUAAGCCUGACCUCUUCAGGCACCAAGGACCAAAAGUAUCCUAGUUUGACUUUCACAUUGACUGCAUAUAUUUCUGAUUUGGAAGUGCAAUACGGCGUCACAGUUACAGUGUUUACAGAUACAUUUUAAGAGUUCGCAAUUAUACGUUUGGACAAGUUAAAAGCCAUAAAUUGAGACAUUUCAAUUAAUUGACAAAAUGCUUUGCCUUACAAGGGUAUUCAGGUGUUUUUGAUCCUUUCAUCUGUGUAAUUUAGUGAGGAUUGUUUAAAGAUUAAUGAAAGUUGUUUGCUAUGUUAGACUGGUAUAUGUGUAUUUAAAUGUAUUGUGAACGACUGCUGUAGUCAGAUUUCUCAGAAUAUUUGUGGAGAAAGAUAGGAGGCAGUAUUUAAACCUUUCAAUGAACGACACAUUUAAUGUCAGUACUUUGUGGUGACAAAUUACAUUUUUAUAUUAAGUACUGCCAAGACCCACGAUCUGUUGUUAUAUUUGUAUAUUUGCUGUUAUAGGGCCGAGUUAAUUUUUUUUUUUUCCUUAAAUUUGAAGAUUUUGGGGGGGGAGGUUUGGUUGGAUUGGAGUCAUAAAAAUGUAUUUGUCAUUUUCAGAAGUACACCGUAGAGAGCUCACUUGGAUAAUGAAAGGGAAUUUUUUUAUUUUAUUUUAUUUUUUUGACAUUUUAUGAGCAGUGUUGGAACAAUCUGUGGUUAAAAAAAGCUGCAGACAAUGUAAAACAUUAGAUCCUUCCCUAUUUCACCAAAGCUCUUUUAGCUCAGUUUCUGGUAUAACACUGUUGAGGGAUAUGUGCCUUCAAACGAAUGCAAUUGUUAAUGAAAUGUUUUGUUUUUUUUGACCCAGGUGACUUAAUUGUGAGUUAUAUAUUUAUCAUGCACAGUCCCCAUUUUCUAUGCUCUCUACACCAUAUAUAUAUUAUAUAUUCUUGUGAGUUUUCUUUGUAAUUUUAUAUGAACAUUUUAUAACUUUUUAAUGGUUCUAACUAACUUUAGAUUCACGUAUCUAUGUCCAAAUGCGUUUGAAUAAGUGACAUUUACAAAAGCUUUUAAUCUACACUAAAUGUCGUAUUGUCUUGACAGAGACAAAUUUGUAAAACCUAUAAUACACGAUACCAAAAUUUAGCCCCAUCACUGUAGUAAUCUUAAGGCACUUUAGUGUUCUGGCUGUUUUGUUUAUAGUAUCUUAAAACACUCCGAAUGUGGCUUCCAUGUAUCACACAGAGCUGUGGUUUCAAUAAAACAAGCUUUUGACAACA